AUGUGCGAGGUGAUACCUACGCAGAUGCUGGGAGUUGCCAUGGCGGGAAAGGCAGUCACCAAAGUGGUCCACAGGUGCUAUUCAGCUAAGGAGGACAGAAAUCUAAAUCUCUCCGAAUGUCAAUUGAUGUCCUUCCCAGAUGCCGUCUACCAUCUGAUGAGAAAUACUGUCCUUCUCACCUGCGACUUAUCUUCGAAUGUGUUCAGAAAAAUCCCGCCGCAAUUGCCCCUCAAGUUUAUCAGUAUUACAGAGUUGAACCUUUCCCACAAUCGUCUGAGCUCGCUUCCGGAUGAACUGAAAGACAUGAAAGAUCUAAAGAAGUUGGAUCUGUCUCACAACGAUUUCUUGGUCGUUCCCAAAGUAGUGUUGCGAAUUCCACACCUCACUUUCCUCAACCUCAAGAAGAACUUCAUUAAUGAUGUAGACAUUACCAGAAUUCGUGGUUCUCCAGCUCUUAAAGAAAUUAACAUGGAAGAAAACCCGCUGACCAGGACUGCGUACGUCCAGUUGAAAUCAUUACCAGCAAGUCGGUGGCUAGUACAUGUCACCGAGCCGAAGCCGGAAGAUGACGAUGACGACGACUUCGACGAGACUCCGCCCAACAGCAGCGUCUAAUAAUCAUCAUUUCCGUUCGUCUACAUUAUCCUGAAGCUCAGGGCUGUGAUGGUUCAACAUGUUUUUGAUAAGCGAUCUAUUUUUUGUACUUGAACAUUUUCUUAGCAGAAGUUUGACAUGCCUUUUACGGCUGAUGAUACGCGUGUUCCAUGUAUUGUUUGUGGAGUCAACAAGUAGUUAAUAACACGAAGAGCAUACAGUUGAUUUUCAAUGUUUCAUCCUGUUAGUUAAAAAACAUCUGUAUAAAAAUCAACAUAGAACUAGGAGAUAAUUUAAAAAAAAAUAGCUAAUGGCUUUACAAGGACUUAUUUUUCAAUGUAAAAAAGGGUCUGAGCUUCAGCCUCUAAGCAAAGACCAGCGAAGAAUCAAAACAAUUUCUUUGUUGACUAUUGUCAUUGUCAGCAAACGAUGGUAACCGGCAAUAAGCUUCUUUGGUGACAAC